UGGUAACGUUUAAGACCAAAUUUCUGCGUUAAUUGCUGAGAUUGCUAUUUGCACGAUACAAAUUGAAAAAUUCUUAGUGAUAAAUUAUAUAAAAAAAUUUAAAGAAAAUGUAAAUACAAAUAUUGCUGAAAAAAUUAAUGGUAUUGAAAAAUCGCUGUAAAACUAUUAAAUCAAUCGGAUUUAAGCCAUUUGCCUGAGCUCAAAAUAUUUAUCACCAUUAUUUAUCAAUGGGAAACAAAAUCGUACGGUAUUAAGGAUCCACAGCUGACAAAAUUAUUACUAAACUUUCUUUCAAAUGUAUGUAUAUGUACAUAAUUGAUUGUAACCACUUGACAUGGAUUGACCCCGUUUCUUAGAAUAUCAAUUUUGUUCUUUCGUARCUUGAAUCUAGUUAUACGGAUAUUAUAUACGGGCAAAGAUUCCAAUGUUACUGUUGCUGUUUUAACGGUUAUUUAGAUUCCAGUCGCUAGAGUCGGCAUUAUUCAUCGAACUUAUUGGGCAAAUUUUUUUCUAGUAAUAAUUUUGAACUCAAUUCUUUAAUGCUGCUACUCCUGUUUUCGAUCUUUUUCAAUUAAAGUAUGAAAAGUAUUAUUUAAUAAGACAUGUUUGAUCUUAUAGUCUAAAGUUGAAUAAAUGGCAUUGACAUUUUCUUAUAUUAUUCGCAAGUUAACUAUGCGUUUGUUAUCAGCGAAAAACUUCUUUUCACUUUCGAAUUUCCUAUCGCACUCRUCUUUGUUGAAAGCAAAUAAAAUCUACUUGAGUACUUUUUUCUGAGUACAUUAAUGAUAAUAGUGGCGGAGACUGAAUACAAAGAGAACAUUUUAUUCAUAAUUAUUGUUGCUCUCGAAUCUCACUACACAUUGUCAUGUAGCUUGUUUUGUCUAUCUGCUAACAGUGUUGGAUGACGAAACUACUCGCAAGUCGGAAGCGGUCUUUGGAGCUGAGCACACCGCUCCUCGGUUUAUUUCUACGUAAAUAUUGUCGAAAUACGCUGCGACGAACUUUAAUCCAAUCGUUAAGCGCUUACCACCACACAACCAAAUUUAUGUUUUUAACGCGUCGACGGAAGUUAUCUAAAAGAAUCUCGCUUACUGUGGUACAAUUAUGUAUGCUUGUAUUCCUAAUAAUAUUCGUUGGAUUCCCAUUAAUAUUUCGUUAUUCUAUAACAUUACAAAGAGGGAUUCUCUUUCUCACGUUUAUUACAUACCCCAAGGACCUUGACUUAUCGAAACCAGCCAGUGUGGGACUUUUUGGUACGAGAUCUCUAAAUCUUAGCGUGCUCGAUCCGGAUGUUGAGGAACGUCAUGAUGGCGUGCGCAUUGGUGUCUGGCAUGUGCUGCCUUUACACCUAGCUAAACGCUUUGCUAAAGAACUAAAAAUCGAUACGCAACAGCAUGAUGAAUUGAAGAAUACAACAUUUGAAAAUGAUGAAAGUUUGGACAAGCUAGAGCCUAUUCUGAAAUCAGAAUUCUCCGAUGUAACCGCUGAGAAUGAAGCGCUCUUUUACGAGCGCAUGCUGAAGCUUCCGAGCACCAUUGUUUUAUAUCUUCAUGGCAACACCGCUUCUCGUGGCUCGGGGCAUCGUGUCGAGAUGUACCAACUUCUGCGCAAACUUGGCUGCCAUGUACUGACUUUGGAUUAUCGAGGUUAUGGAGAUUCCGACCCCGUUUCACCCACCGAAGAAGGAAUUGUGCGAGAUGCCCUAACAGUAUAUGAAUAUAUUAGAAAUGUAACAACAAAUCCUAUAUUCAUAUGGGGACAUUCUCUKGGCACUGGCGUGGCAUGUCAUUUGUGUUCACAGUUAAAUUUGAAUUUCAAAAUGGAUCUACCGCGGGGAGUGAUAUUGGAGGCGCCUUUUACRAACAUCCGUGAUGAAAUAAGAUUGCAUCCAUUCGCUAGGCCCUUUAAAGAUCUGCCUUGGUUUGAUUUGACAAUUGCGCGCCCUAUGUACUCGAACAAGUUGCGCUUUGAAUCGGACAAGCAUAUUAGCGAAUUUCGGCAGCCGGUAAUGAUACUCCAUGCRGAAGAUGAUUAUGUUGUUCCAUUCGAACUUGGCUACAAGCUAUACCGAACAGCGCUGGAUACGCGGGCAAAAACUUGGGGGCCUGUUGAAUUCCAUCGUUUCAAUGGUGUUGCAGGUUACGGACAUAAGUUUCUUUGCCGCGCACCUGAACUACCCGUGCUUGCAAAACAAUUUAUCGAGACUUAUCGUAACGAAGACUUUUAAAGGCUUUGAAAUGUUUUAAACAUUGGCCUCUCUUAUUUCCCCCCAGAAAAUGCAUAUAUAUCCUGCAGUAUUUAAGGACUUUCAGUCAAGAAUCAAGCCGCCCGGAUGUACUCAGAAGUGGCUCACAAGCUACUGGAUGCCUUUUAUUUUAUAGUUUUGUUGUAGAUUCGUGUAUAAACACGUGCAUAUGCAACAAGAACUUUAGUAUUAUUUGUGUGCAACCUAAUUUAAAAACCUAAAAUAGAAAUGGAGACAUUUAUUAGUAUACAUAUAUAAAAAAAAAGAAAAGGCCGUUGUGUAGAGAUUGCGACUAACUAAUAUAAUUCGAACUGUGAGAAAUUUUAAUAAUAAUUGUUGCUAAAGUCAUGAGCAGUAUGCUAGAUGUUUAACCAUUACCAAAAAGGCAACAUAUGAUAACAAAAUCAUAGAAAUAUUAUUUUUUUGUAAAUAAAUAUAAGUAAAUAAAAAAAUUUUACUUUAUAGUAA